UAGUGCCAGUUCAGGAUGGCUGUACUGCUGCUCUGCCUUCUACAGCUUGCUGCACCUCUCUGUAGUUACUCUGUAACUAUGUGCUUCUAUCUUUUUUGGUUAAACACUCCCUGA